GGAUCGAAACGUGAUCUUUCUUAGAUUGUGUAAUGUCGAUUGUGAAUCGGGAUGCGAAACGGGAAUCGAUAUGGAUAUAUUGAGCGAUUGUGAUUGUUACAAGAGGAGAUAUCUGUAACCGUUUUCAAUCCUAACUAAAUUCGUGUAUAGAUAAAUAAUAUUGAAAACAUUGUUUUCUGGGUAAUAAAUUGUGCAAAUGAAAAUGAUUAUGACGAUAAAUCUGGAAGAUCACGACCACUAGAAAAUGAGGAAUUUUAUAAGAAUUGUUAAAUAUCUUUUUAAUAUUUCAUGCAUUAUGAAUAGCUAAAAUGAAGAAUAUCAUGAGAAAGGAGGCAGCACUAGAUGGACUCCAAUUAAAAGCUUCCCCGGUUCAUUUGAAACAAGCUAUACUAUGAUACAGCUACUAUAUAAUACACAAUGAUGAUGAAGAAGCAAAAAAUAAAACAUCCAGCAAAUAUAAAUGUAGAACAGUUGGAGAUAGAACGUCGUGCGCGAAUGUAAAAUAUUUUUCAAGUUAAUCUUUAAAUGCAAUUUAAAUGACUUUUAAUUUAAAAUAAUGCGAGCAUUUCUUUAGUGUAAUUUAAUUCUAUUCGAUGAAGAUAUAUCGAUUCCUAAAAAUGUGACGAGUGUGUUUAAUAUGAAAAGAUGAUUCUACUUGAAAACUAUUUUCUAAAUAAACAAUUCCGAAAUCGCGAAUAAUAAUAUAGAAUCGCUAGGAAUCUUUCAAUUUCAUAUAAAAAAAACGAUAAAUCGAAUACAAUUUUAAUUAAUUUUGCUAAAUUUUUCAAUCUGAAAAUAUAUUUGUGUAGUAAAACAUUUUCGAUGUGUAUCGGAAAUUAAGACACAAUCAACGAUAUUAAAUUCAUAAUAAUAUAUAAUAUGAUAUAAUAUAUAAUAAUUAUAUCAAACGCAUCAAAAAUAAUCUCUAUUUUCUCUUUAUUCAAUACAUAUUAGAUUAUCGUUUGUACGAAAAAAUUGUCCGCGUAACGUUUAAAUGAUAAUCGAGCGAAAUUCGAAUUUUUCUGUGAACUGGUCUAAAUACAUACUUACGAGCCUGCGCAAUACUCAUUGUCGAAAAAUUCGCCACGAGAGGCGCGGCGUCGCGACGCUCGCAUGUGCCGCAGAUUAUGCCGCAUUGCCACAAGCGUACGGCACCGGUCGGUCGACGAUCGUGUCGUCGAGAAAAAGGUCGAAAAAAAUCAACGUAAUGAACCGAACGCGACCAGGUUAAACGCGAAAUGUUCUCAUGAUGCGCCGUCGCGGACGUCGUCGACGAUACAAUUGAUAGAAGUAGCCUUCGGGAUCAUGAAUAUCCGACGGCUCCCUGGUUUCAUGUACCACUACAAGGUGAUCACUCUGCUCCUCUUCACGACCAUGCUUUUUGUCAUCUAUCUACUCCUUCACUGGGGUAUUAUGUGCACGAAUCUCGAGGCCUGGCGACACGUAUCCAACGUGUGCAGCACGCACAAAAAAGGAGCUGCAAUAGGAAUUCUCUGCGAUCCACUAUGUGCGGAAAGAAGGAUUCACUCGCUUGCCUGCGAAACACUACACGCGGGCAAAGAAGCAGUCUUCUCGGCUCACUGGGAGACAACUCGACUUGUGUUCAAGGCUUCAAGAACGAAAGCCCCAUCGGAGCAGUUCGAAUCGUUGUUUUGGACGGACACGAGCGGAACGAGGCACUUCCCGUCCGAGACGGACUUCAACACCAUGAUCAAAGAUCUGGUCGUUAGCAAGCUGAACGUGACGCUGUCUCAGCAUCAAUUAGAGAGGCUAGCGCGACUUCGUACGCAUCGUGUUGAAACCGAGCCCAGAAGGCGACAGCUUGAGAUGGAAAAUCUGUGGCCGCUGUUACAGGAAAACGAGUAUCUGAUGAGCAUUCUGUACGAAGACAGGGACAUUUUUCCACAGUUGAUUGGCACAUGCGGGACAUUCUACGCGGUUGAAUACGUACGACCUAUAGAAACACCCACGACAGUUCUCGCGCUCUCCGAUUCGAAACCGGAAUGGGCGAAACGAUUGAAGCUGGCCGUGAUGAUACUAGACCUGCUCGAAGAACUCGACACCAACUUUCCCGAACCGAUACAUCUGUGCGAUGUGAAGAUAAACCAUUUCGGUUUGCCCUUAGGCGGGCAGAAACUCAAGUUCCUCGAUCUGGACGCGGUAUUUCCUAAAACGAUUAUCAGCCGUAUCACUGCGGACAGCAAAAGCUGUGAAAAACACGAGGACUGUGAUUAUUUUGAUUGCAGGUCUUUCUGCUCGAAAAAGAAACGAUGCGAGUCACCGGUUGCCAACAAUAAUUUACAAAUUAUAUGCGAGAAAAUAUUUCUCGGUUGGACUCUCUCAGGGACUCUUAUAAUUCCUGGACUAUUAAUGUCAGAGCAUACCACCAGCUCACUGGCGGUUCUUUUGCGACAAUGUGCGAAUCCAGCUGGUGACAUCGAGCAUUUACCACGUGCUGCAGUACCAGACAAUCUCAAAACACGAUUAUAUAAUAUGCUACAUGAAAUGGAACAGGAAGUUGCUGCUUCCGUUUAGAAACGUUUUAAUUCAAACACUAAAAAUUUAAAAAAUAUUAAAGAUCUUGGUUUUUAUGAACAGAUAUACAUACAUAUUUUCAAAAGUAUUGAAUUAAAAUAAUAAAAGGUGUUGCAAGAAUUAAUUUAUUGUA